AUGACUGUCUGUGGCUUCUACCAGCGGAAUGCAUGUAAAUUCGGUGGUAAGCUCAUCCGCUAUCCUUUACAGACAACUGUCUCACGCGAAGUAGAUUCCUGCAAAUUCGAGCACCCUGGAAGUUCGCGAGAUGCAGGUCGAGGCGGAGGUGGAGGCGGCUUCGGCGGAAGCUCCAACCGCUUCGGUGCUUUCAACGGCGACCGCUAUCGCCCAAGUGAUAACAGCGGGACUAAUUCAUUUGGUGGAAACCGUGAUCAAAAAUCAUCGACAUUCAGCUUAGACAAGGACGCUAUUCAGAUCGAUCUCGCCAAAGAGCGCCCGAUCUAUCCGCUUUCAUGCUACGGUCCAGGAAAAGAUGCUCCACGGCAGCUCAUCGAGGGGCCUGUCGAGAUCAGUCCAGAGGAGCUUCGAUCCCGGUACUACACAUUACGAGCGGCAGGCAAUGAGCCUACAGCGCAACAAGAAGAGGGAGCACUGAGCGAGAAGAUGCAGCAGCAAGUAAAGGCGAUUUUGGAUGAUAUCACAGGUGCUAUCAACUACGUCGCAGAGGGUGCCAACGUUCAUCCUAACCGUAUCGACAUCGCCAAGGGCACUGCAGCAAGCGGAUCAGCGAGCAAUCCUACUGGAUCGUCUAACACUGCUGCGAAUCCCUUCAUGAAAGCACAAGCGAAUCCGUUCCAGACUGCUGCAGCAUCAUCUCAACCAUCUGCGUUCGGGCAAGCUUCUACACCAGGAUUCGGCAAACCGGCCUUCGGCCAACCAGCACAGACAACUUCAACAUCGUCCUUCGGUGCAGCUUCUGCGUUGGGUAAUCCAGGAUUUGGCAAACCGGCCUUCGGUCAACCAGCUCAGACAAGUUCAACAUCGGCCUUCGGCGCUGCCUCUGCGGUAGGCCAGAAGCCAUCACCCUUUACUCAACCUUCAGCUUUGGGUGGUGGUAGUGGUAGUGCGUUUGGGAAGCCUGCUUUUGGUGCCUCCGGAUUCGGCCAACCGUCCAUGCCGGGCGCAGGUAGCGCAUUCGGUCAGGCCAGCAGUAUGGGUCAAGGUUCUGGAUCUGCUUUCGGCCAGCCAUCAGCACCAGGUGCGGCAUCGGGUUUCGGCCAAGUAAACGCUCUUGGACAAAAGCCAAGCCCAUUCAGCAAACCAGGUUUUGGCCAGAGCGGAUUCGGGCAGAUGGCUCAACCAGGUGCUAAUGCCUCUCCUUUUAGCCAGCAAGCUUCGUCUGGUGCGUCACCCUUUGGUCAGCAAGCCUCGUCAGGUCCAUCUCCAUUCGGCCACAAAGCACAGCAAUCAAGCCAGUCUUCACCAUUCGGUCAAGCAGCCCAACAACCAGCUCAAUCUGCACCAUUCGGUCAAGCAGGCCAGCAACCAGCUCAAAAUUCACCGUUUGGACAGCAAGCCCAACAGGUUCAGAAGCCAAAUCCGUUCGGUCAGCCUCAGCAGCCGUCUACACAAGCACCUGUACCUGCACCUGCACAGGCAAACCCCUUCGGCGGCGCCGCAGCGUCUCAAGCUCCGGCCUUCGGUCAACCAAGCAAACCGUCACCUUUCGGUACUCAACAGCCUCAGAACAACGCAACGCAGCCGGCAGCUGCCAACCCCUUCCUCAAGCCCCAAACAUCUGCCGCGCCAGCAGCCUCCACGCCUUCACCUUCUCCCUUCACCACCCAGACACAGAGCCAGCCUGGGAACCCUCCCGCCCCUGUCCAGGCUACCUCUCAGCCGGCUUCAAUAGCGCAGCCUAGCUCCGCACCGCGCCCCCAUGUUGAAGGUGUUACACCAGAUGGCAAGCCCAUCGAUCCCAAGGACCGUUACAAGGAAGGCAAACCAGAAGAGUAUGAGGGCGAGCAGGGUAGGAUUCUAGAGGAGAUCUACAAGCGUGUUGCUCAGCUCGGGCGAUUCAACGAUGAUGAAGACAUACCUGUUACGCCACCGAAGUGCGAGUGGAUCGCGCCGCUUACGCUGUUGUGA